UUGGACGUGAUUGGUUGAUUGGGUAGCAUGGCGUUUGAAUGAAAGCAGGAAGAGCUGUAACAGCAAAGGAAAGGGGUUAACUCUAUUUAGCGACUUUAGUGAGUUCUAUUACCCUCUAAACCUGUAAUUUCUAGUCUUAUUUAUUGUCAGAGUAUGUCUUAAAAGUCAAAGAAGGUCUGUCCGGUGAGGCAGCUACAGUCUAAUGAGGGGGGAACCACAGCUGGCAGGAUGCAGCAGAAAGGGAACAUCCAAAUCAUCGAGUGGGAGGACCUCGAUAAAAGGAAAUUCUACUCUUUUGGGAUAUUUAUGACAAUGGCCAUUCGGGUCACUGUCUACCCGGCUACACUGAUCCGCACCCGAUUGCAGGUGCAGAAGGGAAAAUCUCUCUACAGCGGGACCUUCGAUGCCUUCUUCAAGAUCCUUCGGGCGGAGGGCGUCCGAGGCCUGUACCGCGGCUUUAUGGUGAACACCUUCACAAUCGUCUCAGGCCAGGCGUACAUAACCACCUACGAACUGGUGAGGAAGUACGUCUCCCAGUACUCUGAGGCCAAUACCGUCAAGUCGGUGGUGGCCGGGGGCUCUGCCUCCCUGGUCGCUCAAAGCAUCACUGUGCCCAUAGAUGUUGUGUCCCAGCAGCUGAUGAUGCAGGGCCAGGGGGAGCACCUCACACGUUUCCGGCUCGGUUCCAACUCGGAGAACAAGAAGCCAGCCAGGUUUUUCAGGCAAACCAGGAACAUUGUGUCUCAGAUUUUUGCUGCGGAUGGGUGCAGGGGCUUCUACAAGGGAUAUGUGGCUUCGUUACUCACUUACAUCCCAAACAGUGCCGUCUGGUGGCCUUUCUAUCACUUUUAUGCCGAGCAACUCUCCAUACUGGCUCCCAGUGACUGCCCUCACCUGGUCCUUCAGGCCAUGGCUGGACCUUUAGCUGCUGCAACUGCCUCGACUGUCACCAAUCCGAUGGAUGUGGUCAGAGCCAGAGUACAGGUGGAAGGGAGGACCUCAGUCAUUCAAACGUUCAGGGAGCUGAUCAGAGAAGAGGGCUGCUGGGGACUGACCAAAGGACUGUCAGCCCGCAUCAUUUCAUCAGCACCCACUGCCAUCGUCAUUGUGGUUGGCUAUGAGACACUGAAAAAACUGAGCCUGCGACCAGAGCUGGUAGAUUCGAGACACUGGUAAAGAAAAAAUAUUUGGACCAUGUGCCAUUUUUUAACCCUUAUGUUGACUUCCUGAAUUUAUUUCAAGUACAAAACGAUGUCGGAACAUCAUAGCAUUAAUAAAGUUAUGAGUUAGUUACCUGUAAAGACAAAGGGUUCAGUUUGUGAUACAGCUGAACAAGUUUGUUUCUGUUUGACUCAGUAAGCUCUGAAGUGACGUCAACACCAUGACAGCAGCAGAAAAACUUAUUUUUGUCAUGUUCAGCCUUCAUCAACAAAAGGAAAUCAUCUUUGUGUGACUAUUCUCGUGUUUGUGUUGUCCUCCUGAAGCAAAGAGCUGAUUUUCACUUAAGUUCAGCUCAGAAAGUCAAACUACCGUCUGCAGCAACUAACUUUGUCUUUGUUUUUUGCCAAACUGUUUUUAAUUGCCUUUUUCUAAAGGCAAUUAAAAUCUGGACAAUCUUUGUGUUUAUUUUAUCUUUGUUGCAUAUACAAGUACACUAUUUAUGAGUAUUUUUCAGAAAUAUUAUCCUGGUGUUGGUGAUCAUUCUGGGUUUAUAAUUUCUGUCUUUAUUGUACAGGAAGGUUUGUGUCAUUGAAAUCUUUUGCUUGUUAAAACUGUCCAAGCAACUCUGAGUGAAAACCAUUACCCUUUUGUGAAAUAUUUGAGUGCAAUAACGUUUUGUCCUUUUCAGUACAAAAUGUGUGGGUUGACAUAUCUUAAAGGAACUCAUUUUACCUAAUUUAUUUUUCAUUUUAGGGUGAUAACCACAGAGCUUUUGAUGUCGAUGUCAUUUUGCUGUAUUUUGCUUCUGAUUUUGUGAAACUAUUGUGGUUCAAUGCUGUUUAUGCAGUUUGCUGCUGCUGUAUGAAUGUCCUCAUUGAGAAAAAAUUAGUUGCAGUUUAGAAGAGAGAUUAUAUUUUAAAUGGUCCACUUAAUUUCUAGAAAUUGUCCUGUUUUUAAGCAUAGCAUAAAUUAGAUGCUGUUGAAAAGGAGUAAAAGUAAGAGCAGGUUUUAGUGUGAUUGGCAGACGGUUGCAGAAACCUUUUUAAUUGAAGCCAGAACUGCACAUGCUUUAUUUCUUUAUACCCAGACUUGUUGAGAUUCUGUGAACUACUGAGAUGAUAGAACUGCAACUUGCCGAUCUCCAGUCAAAAGAUACUAACUUUCAAUUUUGAGUUUUUUGUUUUGUUUUUGCACAGCUCCUAGUAUCACUAAAAUUGUUUUUCAUUUUUUGUGAUUGACCAGUGCAACUGUUGUUGAUGCCUCUCUGCUCUAAAAUACAUGUGGUUUGAACAACA